AUGGAGGACACCGCCGCUUCCGCUGUGCUUGGUGGCCAGCUCAUGGUAAACAACCCAAAUGAUGAGCGGAUCGAGGUGGGCAACGCUGAGAACGUGAAGACACCACGUGCGUCGCUUGGCCCGUCGUAUGUGUUGGAGACGGACGCGGGUCGUGGCGGCGGCGGCAUGGGACAGCCAAUCGAGAACGCACCGCACGAUGAGGCCAUUCCAGUGUCUCCCUCAGCCAGUCAGGUAGCGACACCGAUGGCAAUGAGGACGGGGCCGACGAUGCGUCCAGACGAUGAUGAUGACGAGAGGGAAGAUGAGGGCGAGGAGGACGAUGAGGACACUGAGAUCGAUGAGGGCCGCGAGUACCGCGCGGAGGGUUACGCCGGCCAGAAACCCACUGAGCUUGCAGAGGCGGCACCGGUGGUGCAGGUCGGCGAUCCCCAGCUCGGGUACAACCCUGCCAAGUACGCCCGUAUCAACGCCACCGCCAGCCGUGAGAUGCAAGACCUUUUCAAGAAGAUCAUGGAGUAUGAGCCCUUUGCGGCGGAACUGCCGGCCAAACUGCGGCCUUUUGUGCCGGACUACAUCCCGACGGUCGGCGAUCUCGACCCCUUUGUCAAGGUGCCGCGACCGGACGGCAUUCCAGAUGGGCUGGGCCUUGAGAUGGUGGAUGAGCCAGCCAUUCCGCAGUCGAAUCCAGCCGUGGUGCUGUUGGAGUUGAACGCGACUAACGCUCACGGUGUUGCGGCGGACAUCGUGGACUCCCUUGAAAACGCGGCGAAUCGACCGGAGGUGAUUGAUCGAUGGAUUUCCGACAUUAAAAAGGUGCACUACAAGAAGGCACUGCCGACGGUGAACUACCAGCGGCCCAUGCCAGACAUCGAGACGCUCAUGCAAGUAUGGCCGCAGCAGUUCGAGGAGGUUCUGAACUCCGACGUCGCCUUCCCUCCGUCGCACAUCAACCUCGAUCUCGAUCAGUAUGUGCGGACACUGUGCGCCAUCUUGGACAUCCCCACCUAUAGCUCCCUGAUUGACUCGCUGCACGUCAUGUUCACCCUCUACGAAGAAUUCCGCUCGAAUCAACACUUCCAGCACGUUUGA